AUGAGAAGGAAGAGAGCAUUAAGGCUAAGAUUGUUCUCCUCUGAGAGAGAAUUAUCUGGAUGGACGUUCAUGAUUUCAGUUGGAUUCAACGCAGCAGCAAGUGUGAGAGUGAGCAAUGAAUUAGGAGCAGGAAAUCCAAAAUCAGCGUCGUUUUCUGUUGUGGUGGUGACAGUGAUUUCUUUUAUAUUAUCAGUUAUAAUAGCGCUUGUGGUUCUUGCUCUAAGAGAUGUCGUUAGCUAUGUCUUCACUGGCGGAGAAGAGGUUGCUGCUGCUGUCUCGGAUCUUUGUCCACUCCUUGCUCUCUCCAUUGUCCUCAAUGGCGUUCAACCUGUCUUAUCAGGCGUGGCUGUUGGAUGUGGAUGGCAAAGUUUUGUUGCGUAUGUAAAUGUUGGUUGUUAUUAUGGAAUUGGCAUACCUUUGGGUUAUGUUCUUGGUUUCUAUUUCAAAUUCGGUGCCAAGGGAAUAUGGUUGGGAAUGUUAGCUGGGACAGUUUUGCAAACAGUUAUUUUAGUGUGGACAACAUUUCGAACAGAUUGGAGUAAAGAGGUUGAAGAAUCAAGAAAGAGGUUGAACAAAUGGGAGGACAAGACUGAUGAGACACUUCUUAAGAACUGA